AUGUUUGAGUGUGGAUUCAAGUCACAGUACAUUGGAGGCCAGAGAGAGAAAUUUGUCAGGUUGGAUGAUCUGGAGUCUACAUUGUCAGUGCCAACAAACACAGGAGGGAUGAAGAGGUCCAAAUUCAAUAUGGAAGGAUUGCCUUUCACUGGUCGUUCAAAGAAAAAUCCGUCAAAAUCGUUUCGGUACGGAAUGAAGAAAGGAUCAGAUGGACUAAAGACAUUUGGUAGAUCCUUAAGAACAGGAGUCACCAGAGCAGUUUUCCCCGAAGACCUUAGGGUGUCUGACAAAAUGAUAUUUGAUCCUCAAGACAAGUCCCUCCUCUUAUGGAACAGGCUCUUUGUCAUUUCUUGUAUCUUCGCGGUUUCUAUUGAUCCAUUUUUUUUCUACCUUCCCGUCUUUAACUAUAAAUCAAAUUGUCUUGGAAUGGACACAAAGUUGGCGGUCACAACGACGACUCUCAGAACAGUAGUUGACACAUUUUAUCUUUUUCGCAUGGCUCUUCAGUUCAGGACAGCUUUUAUUGCGCCGUCUUCUCGGGUGUUCGGGCGUGGUGAGCUUGUCAUUGAUCCUCAUCAGAUAGCCAUGAGAUAUCUGCAGCGCUAUUUCUUUGUUGAUUUGCUUUCUGUGCUUCCUUUGCCUCAGAUUGAAGUUUGGAAGUUCCAUAAGAGAUCAAAAGGAUCAGAUGUACUGGCUACGAAACAGGCGUUGCUAUGUAUCGUUUGUUCGCAGUUCAUACCGAGAUUUGUCCGCUUAAUACCACUAACUUCAGAACUUAAGAAGACGGCUGGUGCUUUUGCCGAAAGUGCUUGGGCUGGUGCUGUUUACUAUAUGCUCUGGUUUAUGCUUUCUGGUCAAGUAACAGGGGCAAUCUGGUACUUGCUAGCCAUAGAACGUAACGAUACAUGUUGGCGGGAAGCUUGUACUGGUACUGGAAAAUGUAAGAUAGACUAUUUAUAUUGUGGCAAUAAACACAUGGAGGGUUAUGAGGAUUGGCAAGCAAUCAGUAACCAAAUUCUUGUUACUCACUGUUCUGUUUCCGAGGAGAGUUCACCGUUCAAGUAUGGAAUCUAUACCCAGGCCAUAUCUUCAGGCAUUGUUGAAUCCAGGAAUUUUUUCUCCAAGUUUUGUUAUUGUUUGUGGUGGGGAAUGCAAAACUUGAGUACUCUUGGUCAGGGACUUCAAACCAGUACCUACCCUUUGGAGGUUCUCUUUUCCAUAGCAAUAGGCAUCGCUGGUCUCGUCCUUUUCGCGCUUCUGAUUGGAAAUAUACAGACUUAUCUUCAGUCCAUUACAAUUCGACUUGAAGAAAUGAGGAUCAAGAGGCGCGACUCCGAGCAGUGGAUGCACCAUCGUUUGCUUCCACAAGAGCUUAGGGAAAAAGUCCGUCGCUAUAAUCAAUACAAAUGGCUGGAAACUCGAGGUGUGGAUGAGGAGAGCAUAGUCCAAAGCUUACCAAAAGAUCUCAGAAGAGACAUUAAACGCCACCUUUGUUUGAAUUUGGUCAGAAGGGUUCCUCUUUUCGCCAACAUGGAUGAGCGGUUGCUUGAUGCCAUUUGUGAACGUCUUAAGCCAAGUUUGUACACAGAGAGUACCUAUCUAGUUAGGGAAGGUGACCCAGUUGCCGAGAUGUUAUUCAUCAUACGUGGUCGUUUAGAAAGUGUGACCACAGAUGGUGGUAGGAGUGGUUUUUUCAACAGAGGUUUACUGAAAGAAGGAGAUUUCUGUGGAGAAGAGCUCCUAACAUGGGCACUGGAUCCAAAAGCCGGUUCCAACUUACCCUCAUCUACUAGAACGGUUAAUGCCAUAACAGAGGUCGAGGCUUUUGCUCUGGAAGCAGAGGAGUUGAAGUUCGUUGCCAGUCAGUUUAGGCGUCUUCAUAGCAGACAGGUUCAACACACCUUCCGCUUCUACUCGCAGCAGUGGAGAACUUGGGCUGCCUGCUUUAUACAAACUGCUUGGCGUCGGUAUGCCAGGAGAAAACUGGCUGAAAAACGACGUAGGGAAGAGGAGGAGGAAGGAGAGUUCAAUUACAGCCAGGAAGAUGAUGAAAGGGCUUUAGUUGAUCGGAGUAUGAGUUCCUCUAGGCUUCGUGCCACCAUCUUUGCAUCCCGCUUUGCAGCAAAUGCGCUUCGUGGUCACAGGCUUCGCAGCGAAAGUACCAGGAGGCUUGUCAAUCUGCAGAAACCCCCUGAACCUGACUUCUCCGAGUAUGGUGCCGAUUAA